AUGGAUGUCAGUAGCUAUACUGAGGAAUUCCAUAGGCUAUGUCUGAAAUCCAAGACAGUGGAAGGUAACACUGAGAAGGUAGCUAGAUACCUAAAUGGCCUGAGGGUAAGCAUUCAAGAUGAACUGAAUCUUUGCAACCCAAAGACGAUCCAAAAGUGCUAUCAAUUGGCACUGAAUGUCAAAGAGAAGCUCAAGAGGAGGCAAGACCAGAACAACAGGGGCAGAGGCAAAAAGGACUUCAAUAAUAGAGGUAAAGGAAUGUCUACUGGAAGGGGACAGAACUUCAGACCCCAAGGAGAGCCAAACCAAGAGAACUCACAAGGAGAGAGCAGUUCUAGAGGUGGAUACAGAGGAAGGAGAUCCAAUAGCAGAGGAAGAUUUGGUGGAAGAAAUGGAGGUCCUAUGAGGUGUUUCAAUUGCAACCAAACAGGCCACCAUGCCGAUAGAUGUCUAGAGAAGACAGGGUCAAACACACAGGGAGAUAGGAGAACAAACCUGAUCCAAGAGGAUGCACAGAGUUCCCAGUCACCUUCAAAGGAUUUGGAUCUAGAAGGAGUAUGCCUAAUGACGAAGAGGAUGUUUCUAAAGACACCAGCACCACGAGAACCACCGCAAAGGAAGACACUGUUCAGGACAAAGUGCAAGAGCCACAGUAAGGUCUUUAGACUUGUUGUUGAUUUUGGUUCAACUGAGAAUUUAGUGUCUAAAGAAAUGGUAGAUAAACUCAAAUUUGUAAAGUUACCCCAUCCCAACCCAUCCCAUUUAUCUUGGCCUAGCAAAGGCGAACAAACCCUCAUAAAUGAACAGGCUUCGGUUGAUUUCUCUAUAGGAGAAUAUACAGAUAGAAUAUUGUGUGAUGUUGUAGACAUGAAUGUGUGUCAUUUGUUGUUAGGUUGCCCUUGGCAAUAUGACCUUAAGGCACAACAUGAUGGGAUGAAAAACACUAAUACCAUCAACAAGGAUGGAAAUGUAAACACCAUGAAACCAUUGCCUGACCUGAGGAAUGAAAAACAAAAUGAACCAAUGGUAUUACUGGUAGGAGAAAGGGAGAUGGUAGAAACCAUAGAGGAAGCCGAAGGAGCCUAUGCCUUAAUCUUGAAGCCCAAGGAGCAGGAAAACCCUAAGGAGGUACCCAGAGAAGUGCAAGAACUUAUUGACAUUAACAAGGGUGUAGUUGCAGGAGACUUGUCGGAUGCCCUACCACCUUUAAGAGAUGUAUGUCAUCACAUUGACUUCAUACCUUGUGCUUCUCUACCUAAGAAAGAAGCUUAUAAGCUUACCCCUGCUCAGGCAGCAGAAGUCGCAAGACAAGUCCAUGAUCUACUGGACAAAGGGUUAAUCCAAAAGAGUAAGAGCCCAUGUGCAGUCCCUAGUGUAUUAGCCCCUAAAAAGGAUGGCAAAUGGAGGCUAUGUACUGAUUCUAGAGGAGUGAACAAAAUAACAAUUAGAUACAGAUUUCCAAUUCCAAGGAUUGAAGAUCUAAUGGAUCACAUAGGAGGUGCAUAUUACUUUUCAAAGAUAAGACUUUAA